GUUGACGCUCCUCCGGCUGUCUCUCGUAGUAUCACGGGUUUCUGGGUCGAGGAGGCGGAGUCUGAGGGGCUCUUGAGAAGGAAGGAAAAGGAGGGGGGACUGAUUGAGUAGGUGACGGCCGCGGGGUGGGGGUCUCGCGCUCUCGUUUCUCCCCCCGCCCCCGGGUGGCGUGAGACUGAACGAGCGAGCGCGAGGAGGCCCCUCUCAUCACCACCCCCCGCGUUUCGCGCAUUUUUGUGUGUCCCCCCCCCGCCCUGCCUCUUGUCCAUUUUUUUAUUCUCCUCCCGGGAAGCAGGAAGGGGCUGCUGGGCCUGCUCUUCUCUAUCUCGUCCCCAUCCCUUGCCUGCUCUCAUCGCGCCCGUUUCGGGGCUGGGCUCAAGCGAAAACCGGGAUCCUGGAUCCCUCCGCCAUUCCGGGCCUGGAGCCGCCGGCUUGGGGGGACCCUCCUCCCCCCUCCGCUUAUCUCCACCCCACAGGCAAUAAGAGGAUGCUAAUGGGAAAGCUGUUCUUCUGAGACGUAGGAUUUCUGGCUGGCUUCCGAUAUGGAUGAGCAGCAAGCUUUGAAUUCAAUCAUGCAGGAUUUGGCAGUCCUUCAUAAGGCAAGUCGUCCUGCAGUGCCUGUACAAGAAACAGGGAAAGCAAAAUCUUCACCAAAAAAGCAGAAUGACAUUCGAGUCAAAUUUGAACAUCGAGGUGAAAAAAGAAUUCUACAGUUUUCUAGACCAGUGAAACUGGAAGAUCUUGUGUCAAAAUCUAAAGUUGCCUUUGGACAGACUAUGAAUUUGCAUUACAGCAAUAAUGAGUUGGUGAUCCCAUUAGUUACCCAAGAUGACCUGGACAAAGCUGUUGAGCUCCUUGAUCGUAGUGUUCAUAUGAAGAGCCUCAAGAUAUUGCUUGUUGCCCAUGGAAACUCACAGAGUAACAUGGAGCCGCUGCCAUCACUGGAAGAUUUAGACAACACAGUGUUCAGAGUGACAGAGAGGAAAAACAGGCUUUCUGUAAUAGGUUACUAUACUCGUGAUAGAAGCUCGCCUCCUCCAGGAUACAUUCCAGAUGAACUGCACCAUGUAGCCCGAAAUGGGUCAUUCACCAGUAUCAACAGUGAGGGCGAGUUCAUUCCAGAAAGCAUGGAUCAAAUGCUGGAUCCAUUAUCACUAAGUAGUCCUGAAAACUCUGGCUCAGGAAGUUGCCCCUCACUCGAUAGCCCUUUAGAUGGAGACACCUACCCAAAGUCCCGGAUGCCAAGAGCUCAGAGCUAUCCAGAUAACCACCAAGAGUUUUCUGAUUAUGAUCUUCCAAUAUUUGAGAAGUUUGGCAAAGGUGGAACUUAUCCUCGAAGGUACCAUGUUUCUUACCAUCACCAAGACUACAGUGAUGGUCGUAAAACUUUUCCAAGGGCUAGAAGGACCCAGGGAAACAGUUUACGGUCCCCAGUGAGCUUCAGCCCCACUGAUCACUCAUUGAGCACAAGCAGUGGAAGCAGCAUUUUCACUCCAGAACAUGAAGAUGGACGAAUGCGGAGAAGAGGAAGUGAUAUAGACAAUCCUACUCUGACCGUAAUGGAUAUAAGCCCACCUAGCCGCUCACCACGAGCUCCAACUAAUUGGAGACUUGGUAAACUGCUGGGCCAGGGUGCAUUUGGCAGAGUUUACCUAUGCUAUGAUGCAGACACAGGACGAGAACUAGCUGUUAAACAAGUUCAGUUCGAUCCUGACAGCCCAGAGACCAGCAAGGAGGUAAAUGCACUUGAAUGUGAGAUUCAGUUGCUGAAAAACCUGCUUCAUGAGAGAAUUGUUCAGUAUUAUGGCUGCUUGAGGGACCCUCCUGAAAGAACACUCUCUAUAUUCAUGGAAUAUAUGCCAGGGGGCUCAAUUAAAGACCAGUUGAAGGCGUAUGGCGCCCUUACAGAAAAUGUGACUCGGAAGUAUACUCGUCAGAUCUUGGAAGGUGUUCACUAUUUGCACAGUAACAUGAUUGUACAUAGAGAUAUUAAAGGAGCAAAUAUUCUCCGGGACCCUGCAGGCAAUGUUAAGUUGGGUGAUUUUGGUGCCAGCAAACGGUUACAGACGAUCUGUCUGUCUGGCACUGGAAUGAAGUCUGCCACAGGAACUCCAUACUGGAUGAGUCCAGAAGUUAUCAGUGGAGAAGGGUAUGGGAGGAAAGCAGAUAUCUGGAGUGUAGGCUGUACAGUGGUGGAAAUGCUCACUGAGAAACCGCCUUGGGCAGAAUUUGAAGCAAUGGCUGCCAUCUUUAAAAUUGCCACCCAGCCAACCAAUCCCCAGCUGCCACCUCACGUCUCAGACCACGGUCGGGAUUUCCUAAAGCGGAUUUUUAUUGAGGCUAAGUUGCGACCAUCCGCAGACGAACUGCUAAGACACACAUUUGCACAUUAUCACUGAUGGCCUGCCUCAAUCCAACUCUCACCUACUGCAUUUAUUUUGACUGCACUUUUUUUUUACAAAAAAUUGAAAAAAGACAAGGGAGAAGUUAUUUCUCUUGAUUCUUUAUUGCAUAUAGAUUGUUAACAAUCUUGCUUUGUAUUUAGAAUGCAGAUUUUGUCCCCCAUUUAGAACUAGAAUAUUUUUGUUUUGGUAAUGUACUGAUGUGGUUCGCAUAAAGCACUUUAGUACAUAUUCUUCAUUCCUUAUUUAAGUGGGAAAAGGCAAAUGAUUUGGACCAUCAACAAUUGCUUAAUUUUUUUCUCUAGCACAGCUGACUAACUCAGGAUGCAGGGGAAAAUAAUAUAUGUUGCUAGCAGAUGUGGCAAAGGAAA